GUCAUUGUUGUUUAAAUGUGUAGCUAGGAACGAUGCCCUCUCGGUUGUGGAACCACGGAGGACGGAGGCAGUCCCUGAUCUCGUGGAGAUCAGUAGCCGGCGCAAGGUCGAUCGAGUGGGAUUAAAUCGAUUUGGAGCUGGCCCAGCUGAACUCAGCUACUUCUUGACCUGUCUUCAUACUCGGUUGUCGGUCUGAUGGGCUGUUUCGCUUCUAAGCUCAGCGGCAAACACGCAGUCGGAUACGAGGACGACCCUGUGGCCCUUGCUUCUCUGACUAAUUUCACUGUAAAUGAGGUCCUCGCCCUUAAUGAGUUAUAUAAAAAGUUGAGUUGCUUGAUUAUUGCGGAUGGGCUAAUCCACAAGGAAGAAUUCCAGCUUGCUUUGUUCAGGAACAGCAACAGGAGAAAUUUUUUUGCAGACAGGGUAUUUGACAUGUUUGAUAUCAAACGAAAUGGGGUUAUUGAGUUUGGAGAAUUUGUUCGAUCACUCAGCAUCUUUCACCCAAGAGCCCCGGAAUCAGAGAAGAUUGAAUUUGCAUUUAAGUUGUAUGAUUUAAGGCGAACUGGCUUCAUAGAGCGUGAGGAGUUGAAGGAGAUGGUGAUGGCUAUUCUCAAUGAAUCAGAUCUGUCUCUGUCGGAUGAACUUGUUGAAGAAAUUGUCAAUAAGACUUUCAAUCAGGCAGAUAUUAAAGGUGACGGGAAGAUCGAUCCAGAUGAAUGGAAGGAUUUUGUCAGUCAAAAUCCAUCUUUGCUCAAGAACAUGACUCUUCCUUAUUUAUCGGACCUAACAACCUCAUUUCCUAGUUUUGUCAUGCAAGCAGACUUGAGCGACACAGACGCCAUGUGAUGUUAUAUCAACUACCAUCACCCGUGUUCUGCUCCAGCUGAAUCUAAUGAAAAAGGAUUACAACCGGUAGUUGCCGAGAAUUGCAUGUACAUAACAUAAGAGAAGUAGCACCAGAAUGGCAAGACCCCUACUAGUCUUUGGCGGCAUAUUAUAAGAUGGAUAUGCUGCUAUUAUAUGUUGUCGUCCUUUUGUUCCGGUUAAUAUUGUGGAAGCAGCUAGCAGAAAACAAUGAUCAAGAUGUGCUAAGUAUAUUGUAUAUUGUAGUAAAUAGUGAUUACGUUUAUCCCAGAUGUUUUUUAUAGUCUGUCCCUAAAUUAUAAUCAAUCGUUAUGUGGCUAGAAGAUGUGCUAUGUAUAUUAUAACUUAGUGAGGUUGACAAAAUCUUAUAAUUA